AUGGCAACGCCUAAUGAAUAUUCGAGAUCAAACGUUUCAUUACUUCGCAUAACUACUCUGAUGUAUAGAGCAUUAGGAUUAGCACCUUUUUCUUUUAAGUCAUCGAUAGUGAUUCAAAAGAGUAAGACCCAAAACAGUGUCAAAUUCAUAUGUUCCAACCGCGCAAGAGUUUACGGUCUCAUCGGAUAUUUGACAGUAAUUCCUUUUGAAUUCUAUUAUUUUUGGAUAAGAUAUAAUGAAGAAAUUGAAAACAUGAGUUACAUGCAGAAUUGUUUUGACAUAUUUUUUGCUUUUACGGUGCAGUUUACGCAAAUGAUGAUAAUUUUGUUAUUUAACAUCCGGCAGAAAAUAAUAGUAAAUAUUCUUAAUAAACUAUUGCGCUUUGAGAGUGAAAUCGUUGAAAAAUUGAACGAUGUCAGUACGUAUUACAGUGGAAUAUAUGACCAAAUUUUAAUAUUCAUCGGAUUCAUGUUUAUUGGUGUAGCGCACAUGUUAAGUGAAUACCUGCUUUGGAAAAAUGAUUGCGUGAUGAAUAUCAUGACGUUCGUUUUUCCAGAAUUGAUAAUAAGGAGUUUUACAAUUCAAUGUGCCAUGAUGCUUAUGUUCAUCAGGAAAAAAUACAAAAUUUUGAAUGAAGCGCUCUUAUUACAUUCGGAUUCAAAAGUUAAAUUUAAAUGUCAUUAUUCACUUUUCCAAGUUUUAGAUAUGUCUGAUAUAGAAAUGACUUUAAAGCGCGUAGCUCUUGUACGAAAAGCCUACUCUAAUUUGAAUACGAUUUUAUCUGAAAUUUCACAAUUUUAUUCUUUGCUAAUUUGUAUUGCCAUUGGGUAUUAUUGCUUCGAAAUAGUGUAUUCAGCGUAUUCGUUGACAUUGGAAUUUAAAAAAGACGUGAUAUCAAAUUUUUUUGAGUGUUUCAAUUGGAGUUUAAUAUUGCUGGCAUGUAUUUAUCCGACUGUUGUGUUAACAAACGGUGUGACAUUAGUUAAUAUGGAGGUAAGAAUCGUGAACUUCGAAUAA